AUGGCUCAAUUCGGGAUAAGCAACAUGCUGCUGUGUUCAGAAAAUGCUCUCAAUGAAAAGGCUGGGUCGAAACGGAGACCACAACUGGAACCAAGCAGUUGGAUAUGCGUCCUGGAAGUGUGGAUCAUCAUGCGCCAACUGGUCGAGCAUCGAUGUGAUCAGUUUCAUGGUACCUACUCGUCAUAUCUGCACAGUACCGCGCAGUACCGCCGCUCCGGACCAGACCCAAUCGCCAGAUAG